AUGGUCGCACUUAAGCUCAUCAACCUUUUCAGCGUUCUUGUUGCCUCUUUAGCAUUCGCUUCUGAGGACAACACGGGAAAUGAUAUCAUCCAGCAGGGUCCCAGCCGUCUUUUGUUCGCUGGUAACCCUAUCAUUGAUAUCUACUGCCGUGUCAACCAGGACGUAAUUGAUGAGUUGGGUUUCCGCAAGGCUGAAUCGAACCGCAUCUCCCCUGAAGUUUUCAAGAUGCUUGGUGAGAGGCUCAAGGUUGACUCCAAGAAUGCAGGUGGUUCCAGUGCCAACACUGCACGUUCCUACGCCUUCGUCGGCGGUGACGCUACCUUCUUCGGUCUUGUUGGUGAUGAUGACCUUGCUGACACGUUCGAGAAGUGCAUGAUUGACUACGGUGUUAAGCCCAACAUUCACCGCAAGGCUGGCGAGUUCACCAGCCAGGUUUACUCCCUGGUUACCCCAAAUGCCGAGCGCAACAUGUACCUUCUCUUCGGUGCUUCUCGCCUCCUCAACCCUGAAUGCCUCCCUGGCUCCAUUAUGGAUGACUUUGACUACUACGUCGUCAACGGAUUUAUCUUCGGAAGCCCUAGCAUUGCUGCCUUCAGUCAUAAGAUGAUUGACGAGACCCUCAGGCGUGGCAAGAAGUUGAUUACCCUCUUGGCAAACAUGGUCUGCAUCAGACGCUUCAGCAACUACUUGAGGCCCAUUGUUGAGAAGUCUGACAUCAUUGCUGGUAACAUUGACGAGUUCACUGGUCUUUACCAGAUCAAGGAAAGGGAAGAGCUUUUCAAGCACUUCGAGAACCUUACCUCUGGUGACAAGCCCAAGCACACCGCUGUCAUUAUUACAAUGAGUGAGGAAGGUGCCUACAUCAUCGCCCGCGGCAAGCGCUGCUUCAUCCCCCCUUCCGGUGUUGAGGCUAUCGACACCACUGGUGCCGGUGACUUCUUCGCUGGAGCUGCCAUCUACGGUCUCCUUCACGGUUACACCGUCAGGCAAUCUGGUGAAUUGGCUGUCGCUAUGGCCGGUGACAUCAUUGGCCACAUGGGUACCUUGGUCACUGACGGUCUCCGCAACAAGAUUGACGCCAUUAAGGCCAUUGCCAAGAGCUCCUAA